AUGAUCAGAGAGAAGAUGAAGGUUUCUCAGAGUCGUCAGAAGAGUUACCAUAACAAGAGAAGGAAAUCGCUUGAGUUUGAGAUUUCUGAGAAAGUAGAUGACGUGGCUUAUCAGAUUAUGUUACCGUCGUCACUUGCUAAUCUCCAUGAUGUGUUUCACAUGUCUCAAUUAAGGAGAUACAUUGCGGAUCCUUCGCAUGAUGUCCAAUUAGAUGAUGUUGAGGUUAGAGAUACUUUGAUCGUGGAGCCAUUACCUAUGUGGAUAAAAGAUAGAGAGCUGAAACAACUCCGUGGUAAAGAGAUCGCUUUGGUGAAAGUUGUUUGGGGAGGACCGGCUGGUGGAAAUGUGAUGUGGGAGCUUGAGAGUCAGAUGAGGGAUUCAUAUCCCGAGUUGUUUGCUUGA